CUCUCUCCCUCUCGCGCUCUCUCCUCCCGGCCUCACAUCCGGGUCUGGAACGCGGCCGCCGCUGUCAGUGUUGGUGCGGGCGCGUUGGGGCCGGGCCGGGGCUCUGUAAAUGGCGGCGGAGGGAGGCGGAGCGGCGGCCACGCUCAGCCCAGAGCCCCCGAAACUUUAGACGCGAAGCCCCACAACUUUCCGGGAAGUGCUGCCGCUCCGGGGGCGUGGACGGAAGGGGAAGCCGAGGCGGGAAGUCUUGGGGAAGCGGCGGGGAGCGGGGAACCUCGAACCCGCGGCGGGGGCGGUGGCUGAGUCCGCCCGUGCCUCGCGCCGCCGCGGCCCCCGCCUCCUUCUCCGCGCUUCGCGGCUGCUGGAGCCGGGGCCSCGCGCGGUGCCUAGCCCGGGACUGCGCGGGGCCUCGCAGGCGGCGGCGCGCGGAGCCCAGCCGAGCCCCCUCCUCGCGACCUCCGGGCCCUGUUGCUUGGGCGCAGCCGGCUUGCCAGAGGCCGGGGCUGAGGCUCCGGGCGUCUGCGGGGACCGAGGAGGAGGCCGGGCCGCGCAGCCACGCGCAGACCCGCCGGCCCGGGGUCGUGGGGCCGGGUACCSGGUGUUGCAUGCGGGGCGGGGCAGGGCGGCCGCGAGCCGGAGGCGAAGAUGGAAGGCUUAACGCUGAGCGAUGCGGAGCAGAAAUAUUACUCGGAUCUCUUCUCCUACUGCGACAUUGAGAGCACCAAGAAGGUGGUAGUCAACGGGCGGGUGCUGGAGCUGUUCCGGGCCGCGCAGCUGCCCAACGACGUGGUCCUCCAGAUUAUGGAACUAUGUGGUGCAACAAGACUUGGUUAUUUUGGACGAAGUCAGUUCUACAUUGCUUUGAAACUUGUAGCUGUGGCCCAGUCUGGUUUCCCGUUAAGAGUAGAAAGUAUAAAUACAGUAAAGGACCUUCCUCUGCCAAGAUUUGUUGCUUCAAAGAAUGAACAAGAAUCUCGCCAUGCAACCUCAUAUUCUUCAGAUUCYGAAAAUCAGGGGUCUUAUUCUGGUGUGAUUCCUCCUCCACCUGGCAGAGGGCAAGUAAAAAAGGGAUCURUAAGCCACGAUAUAGUUCAGCCUCGUGCGUCUGCAGAUCAACAGGAACCUGCAUCCCCAGUAGUUUCACCACAGCAGUCUCCGCCGACUUCUCCACAUACAUGGAGGAAGCACAACCGUCAUUCCAGUGGGGGGAAUAAUGAAAGGCCUCUUGCAGGACCUGGGCCAUUUUGGUCUCCUUUUGGUGAAGCACAAUCAGGUUCUUCUGCUGGUGAUGCAGUGUGGUCUGGRCAUUCUCCACCUCCACCUCCACCUCCACCUCAAGAAAACUGGGUCAGUUUUGCAGAUACUCCACCAACCAGUACUCUUUUAACCAUGCAUCCUGCUUCUGUCCAGGACCAGACAACAGUACGAACUGUAGCCUCAGCUACAACUGCCAAUGAAAUUCGUAGGCAAUCCAGUAGUUAUGAUGAUCCCUGGAAAAUAACAGAUGAACAAAGACAGUAUUAUGUAAAUCAGUUUAAAACCAUUCAGCCUGAUCUAAACGGAUUUAUUCCAGGAUCUGCAGCUAAAGAGUUUUUUACCAAAUCAAAACUUCCUAUUCUUGAACUUUCUCAUAUUUGGGAACUCUCAGACUUUGAUAAAGAUGGUGCAUUGACACUGGAUGAGUUUUGUGCUGCUUUUCAUUUGGUGGUUGCUAGAAAGAACGGCUAUGACUUACCAGAAAAACUCCCUGAGAGCUUAAUGCCCAAACUGAUUGAUUUGGAAGAUUCAGCAGAUGUUGGAGAUCAGCCAGGCUCUCCUACUGAAGCACCUCCAAGCAAGUCACCAUCAAUGCCAUCACUAAACCAGACUUGGCCUGAGCUGAAUCAAAGCAGUGAGCAGUGGGAGACAUUUAGUGAACGCUCUUCAAGCUCACAAACUCUGACCCAAUUUGAUUCUAACAUUGCACCAGCUGAUCCUGAUACUGCUAUUGUUCAUCCAGUUCCCAUUCGUAUGACUCCAAGCAAAAUCCACAUGCAAGAAAUGGAACUUAAAAGAACUGGCAGUGAUCAUACUAAUCCGACCAGCCCCUUACUUGUGAAACCAUCUGACCUUUCAGAAGAAAAUAAGAUAAAUUCAUCUGUGAAAUUUGCUUCUGGAAAUACUGUAGAUGGUUACAGUAGUUCAGACUCUUUUACUUCUGACCCAGAACAGAUCGGGAGCAAUGUAACUCGUCAAAGGUCUCAUUCAGGAACUUCUCCUGAUAACACUGCACCACCACCUCCCCCUCCAAGGCCACAGCCCUCUCAUUCUAGAUCAUCAUCCUUAGAUAUGAAUCGGACCUUUACAGUCACCACAGGACAACAACAGGCUGGAGUUGUUGCCCAACCUCCUGCAGUGCCUCCAAGACCACAGCCCUCACAGGCUCCUGGUCCCACUGUACAUCGUCCAGUGGAUGCCGAUGGCCUAAUGACUCACACUAGUACCUCACCUCAGCAGAUACCAGAGCAACCAAAUUUUGCAGAUUUCAGCCAAUUUGAAGUAUUUGCUGCAUCAAAUGUAAAUGAAGAACAAGAUGAURAAGCUGAGAAACAUUCAGAAGUCUUGCCGGUUGAAAAAGCUUCUGAUCCUGCAAGUUCUCUUCGAGUUGCCAAAACGGAUAGUAAAAUAGAAGAAAAGACAGCUGCUAGUAUUCCUGCCAAUGUGAGCAAAGGCACAACACCGCUUGCUCCACCACCUAAACCUGUUCGAAGAAGAUUAAAAUCAGAAGAUGAAUUAAGGCCAGAUGUCGAUGAACACACACAAAAGACAGGUGUCUUGGCUGCUGUUCUUGCAUCACAACCUUCUAUUCCCAGAUCCAUUGGAAAAGAUAAGAAAGCUAUUCAGGCAUCAAUUAGAYGCAAUAAGGAAACCAACACAGUUUUGGCCAGAUUGAAUAGUGAAUUGCAACAACAAUUAAAGGAUGUUCUUGAGGAGAGAAUUUCCCUGGAAGUUCAACUGGAACAACUUCGACCAUUCUCUCACCUAUAAGCCAAUUGCCGUUAACUGUGAACAUACCCCAUUUUUAAGCGGUUUUGGGUUCAAAGCCAAUUUGGAGGCCCAAAUAUUCAGCUCACUGCUUAAUUCAAAAUUAAAUUUUAUGAUUCUGUUUUGCCCUAUAUGUUCACCGUUGUAUUUAAGUAUCUCUUUUUUUUUUUUUUAAUUUCAACAAUAAAAGGGUCAGGAUG